CCCGCCGCUCCCCCCGCGGGCGGCGCGUGCGCGGCCAUGGCGGCCAUGGCGCUGCUGCGGCCCGGCCGCGCCUCAGCCCUGCGGGGAUCGCUGUCACCGCUCCUGGUUUGCAGGCUGAAAUCAUCGGUCAGCUUUCUCACUCGACCAGAUCGACCAAACAUCGCUUAUCAGAAAAUAAAAGGGAGGAAUCCAGGGGUUAUUUUCCUUCCAGGCUUCAAUUCAAAUAUGAAUGGUCAGAAAGCAACUGCCCUUGAAGACUUCUGCAAAUCAUUAGGUCAUGCCUUCAUCAGAUUUGACUAUACAGGAUGUGGAAGUUCAGAUGGUAAAUUUGAAGAGUGUACAAUUGGGAAGUGGAGAAAAGAUGUUCUGAGUAUACUGGAUGAACUUACAGAUGGACCACAGAUUCUGGUGGGCUCAAGCAUGGGUGGAUGGCUGAUGCUUCAUGCUGCAAUAGCACGUCCUGAUAAAGUAGCUGCUCUGGUUGGAGUAGCUGUAGCAGCAGAUCACGUUGUAACAACUUUUAAGAGGCUUCCUAUUGAGGCACAAAAAGAAAUAGAACAAAAGGGUGAAUGGAAGUAUAAAACAAAGCACAAUGAGGAAGGAUAUUACUCCUUGACCUAUGACUUCAUCAGAGAAGCAGAAAAUCACUGUGUGCUGCAUAGUCCUAUUCCUGUAACAUGUCCCAUACGCCUUAUCCACGGCAUGAGGGAUGGGGAUGUCCCCUGGGAGAUCUCUAUGCAAGUUGCUGACCGUGUUUUGAGCAAGGACGUGGAUGUUAUCCUCCGCAAAAUCGGCCAGCACCGCAUGAGUGACAAGGAGGAUACAAAGCUCCUUGUGAAUACUGUUGAUGAUCUAAUUGACAAGCUGUCAACAGUAGCAUAAGCUGAAGAGUAGCAUUAGUGCAUGAACUCUACACCUGAUUCUUUUCCUUGAGUAACAGAAGCCUUGUUCUUACCCAGAUGGUGGCAGGCCUGUGACUGUCACAGUAGGAACUGAGCUUUAUCUGCUGUUUCCUUACCUCUGUUUCGUAAAUACAGGUAUUAUAUUAUUGCUGCAUUUGCACACAGUCCAAAGUGUGAAGGAGUGCUGCUAUUCUGUUCAGAACCUCUCCUUCACCACUUUACCCAUUCUUUUCACAAAUUUCCUACAAUUUUGUACUGACACGUUGAUUACUUUUUGUUGCUAUUGGCCUGUACAGUAAAACUUUAUUUUCAUGUCUUUGAUACCUGUUACUGUCCUUUCACUGUAACAUCAUUGUAUCUUAGUCUGAAACCAUCUGUGCAAGGCAAAAUACAACUUAUGUGUUUACUGAAGUUAGUUAUUAGAAUAGUGAGUACCAUGAAACGCAAUAAACAGAUUUCAGAUAAA